CCGGUAAGUAGAUAAUCCCUGCAGUGGUAGAGUCCUCUCCUUGGAAGGAGACAGAAUAUAAAAUGGUGUCAAUCUAGAUCUUGUACAUAAGGAUACGGAAGGGGAAAUGCUGCAAAAGACAGAUGUAUUUUUGUACAAAGGGGUUUUGCACUAUUGUCUUCACUGUGGAACAAAAGGACUAUUAACGAUAGGUAGUAAUUAGUGGCCGCUUGCUUUGGGUCCCUCGGUACUCGGUGCCGAAGCCAUCCCCACCACCUCCCUGCCUUACUCUCUGGCCGCGGAGCUGGGGCAGCAGUUUGGAGCCUGAACUGGCUGCAGGCGAUCAGAAAUCAACUUUGCUGAGACUGCGGACCACGCAACCUUUCAGCGGCAUCACUUCCGCCAGAGCGAGUCCUUCCGGGGCGAAGGUCACCAUGGCGGCGGCCUUGGCUCGGCUCGGGCUGAGAUCCGUCAAGCAGGUUCGGGUUCAGUUUUGCCCCUUCGAGAAAAACGUGGAGUCGACGAGGACCUUUCUCCAAGCGGUGAGCAGCGAGAAGGUCCGCGCCACCAAUCUCAACUGCACGGUUAUUGCAGACGUGAGGCAUGACGGCUCCGAGCCCUGCGUGGACGUGCUGUUCGGAGACGGGCAUCGCCUGAUAAUGCGUGGCGCUCAACUCACCGCUCAGGAAAUGUUCAUCGCUUUCGCUUCCCACGUUCGGGCCAGGAACCCAGCGGGGAGCCGGGACAAACCUGGCGCUGGUACUGAACGGUGACAUCGCGAAAGAAACCAACAAGCAGAUUUUGACUUGGGACAAGGACACUUAAGCGCGACUUCAUCAUUCAAAUCACUAUCUGGAGGGCCACGGAGCAGGGUGGGAUGGGAGAGCUUUGCCACUACAAUGGUUGGGGGGGCAAGAGAAGAUAGGGGUGAGAAGAGGUUUAAAUGAACUUGAAUUUUUUUCUUUCUUACCCUCACUCACAGCUUAACCCUUUUUAAUAUGGCUUCUUACAUCACUCAAAAUACCGUUUGUUCUUGUUUACCAAACGUGCUAUUUCCUCAAUCUUCAGCUCUCUAUCUCAUUAGCUUUUGUCACUCUUAAUUCACCUUCUCGUGGUACCCCUGCCCCUCUUGGAUUUUUCUUGCUUCUUAAACAUAAAGGCAUACUGCCCUCAUCUUUUUUUUCUUCUUUGUGUUCUUCCUAGGGCAACCCAUCCCCUGUCAUAACUUGAACUAUCCUCUCUGGAGUAAAACCCUACGUUUCUGUUUCAUUCAAAUCCCAAUUACUGCACUUUAUUCAGGUUACUUACUACCAGCUUCUUCCAAUUGCCAUCAACAUUCUUUGUCUAAAACAGUAUUAAUUCCAGGAGGUGGAACAGACCUGUAACCCCAGUGAUUCUGGAGGCUGAGGCAGGAGGAUCACAAGUUCUAGGCCAGCCUCAGCAAUUUAGUGAGACCCUUCUCAAAAAAAAAAAUACAAAGGACUAGGAUGCAGCUUAAUGGUAGAGUGCCCCUGGGUUCAAUCUCUAGUACCAGAAAUAAAUAAUUAAAAAGUUCUUGAUGGUUGGGGUUGUGGCUCAGUGGUAGAGGGCUAGCCUAGCAUGUGUGAGGCACUGGGUUCAAUCCUCAGUACCACAUACAAAUAAAAGUCAUUGUGUCCAUAUACAACUAAAAAAUAUUUUUUAAAAAAGCUCUUGAGGGGCUGGGGUUGUGGCUCAGUGGUAGAACACUCGCCUAGCAUAUGUGAAAUAAAUAAAACAAAGGUAUUGUGUCCAGCUACAACUAAAAAAUAUUAAAGAAAAAAGGUCUUGUAUCACUA